AUGGAAAGCAUGAAACUGGGGUCAAAGUGUCAGCUACUGAGGAAGAGACAAAUUAAGUUGAACGGUCAAAAAGACAAGAGGAUAAGCUCGACCACGUGCGGCGGGCCUACACGACGGACCUACCACCGUCGCCGUCGUGGCCAGAACCAUCGACCUCUUCUCUUGUCGCUUUCUCACAUCGGGGUCCAACUCUAUUUAUUUUUAUUUCUUUAUAAGUUCCAACUCUAUUUAUUGAUGUUCACACAAAGUUGUCUAUUUACAUUAGCCAAUUAAGCUAAACAUUCUGUAUUCCACUUUUUUUUUCAGUUUUAGAUUUGUUUCAAGAAUUCAAUAUCUUGUAUAUAUUUUCAGAACUGUACUACUUAAAGGCUUAAGCUACGUAUAUAUGAUAUAUCGUUCAUGGCGGUCAAAACAACGAGUGAAGUAGAUCUACCAUCUCGUUAGGUUGGUAUCAUUGUGCCAUUUCACAAUAUUGUCAAAAGGAGCCUGUAUAUCUUUGUUUCACAUGGUAUGUUUAAAGUUUAAACUAUGAGUUCAUUGUUCCGAAUAGUGAACAAAUAAUUCCAAUGGUGUAUCCAACUGUAAUAUCACAACUCCAACUAGCUGAAGUAUUUUGGGGUCUGUAUGUACAUGCUUUUCUAUUCGACAUUAUUGGUCCACAUAAUAUUGUAUCUACGUACUUCAACACUUGUGGACUUAUCUUCAGGUGUGUCUUUCAAACCUGUACAUUGAUAAAGUGACUACACCUACGGAGGAAGGUUUAUUUAUAUCGGUUUAGUGGUUCGGUUAGAUUAGUUGGUUUAAUCUCAAUUGUACAGCUGACUAUAUAUACAUGUAAAUGCUCAUUUUAAUCAAUAAGAGAUAUUUUGAUAUUAUCUUUUUUUCUUCACUCUCAAGGAAGCUUAAACGUAACAGAUUAACAUUGAUUAUUGGAACAGAACUUGCAUUAUCAAACUGUUGUUCUUCAAAACAGAAUCUGUUUGGGUCGCCUAGAUCCAUCAGAAUGUUAUUAAAGACAAGACCUUCUGGUCAAUGAAAGAAAAUCAAAGUCAGACUUGGCUCUUCAAACAAAUACAAAGACAGAGGGAAACUGCGAUCAAUUGGCUCAGAGUAAUACGUCAGUUUAUUUGUCAUCCUCUCCACCAUCUCUUCCAUAAUUAAGAAUCGCAUAUCAGCUAUGCGACAGUCUCACCCCCUGGAAUCGAGCGCUUGCAUGCAACUCUGGUUUUCACUCCAUUAAAGUUCCGUUCCGACUUUCUCAAGUUUCUUCUUGCGCCAAUUUACUCUUCUUUCAUUUUGGGUUGGGCCAGAGACACAUCAAUAUAUUUCUCUUACUACUUGGGCUUCUAAGGCCAGUUUUGAUUUCUAAAAAUUCACUAAAGCUAUGUAAUAGGCCCCCCUAUUGUAUACUUUUGCCACUUUUAUAUUUUAAAUGCCCCAAAUUUAAGAAAAAAAACUGUACAUUGAUUCUCAUAUGGCUUUUUCUUGGAAAUGCUCAUAAUUCUUCAUGGCUAAUAGUUAGGUCAUAUUGCUACUCCUUAUAAGAAGUCAAUUAGCUGUUAUUUAAAGGUGUUCAAAUGGCCUAUUAGCUCAGUGGGUUAGACCGUCGUGCUAAUGACGUCGUACCUGCAUAGGCCAAUUAUUUUGAAUUUACUAUUGGGCCUCAGUAUAUCGACCAGCCCAUGUGCUAAAGACGAUAAUCAUGCCCCACCGUUAUAUUUCAAGGAAAACACAUCACUAAACAUUUGGCAUACAAAUUUGUUCAUCGAGGCCCAUAAAACUCCAUACCGUUAUUCUUUAAACUUGUAAUUCGUAAACCAUAUUAUAACAGAAUAAAAAUCUGAAAAGGAAAAGAAAAUCAUAGUGUAAUCAAAAUAAUGUGUAAUUCUUUUAUUCAUGCGAAGAAAGCCUUUAAUUUUGUUAUAUGUUAGGAGUUAGGACUGAGUGAAAACAGAAACUAACAAAAGAAACCUAUAGAUGCACAAGUUAUAAAAUCAUGACGUGAUGUGUUUGUGGUAUCAACUGUAUAUCUGUAGUGAUAAUAAAUAACGUAAGAAGAAGAGAGUAUCUGUAACGGUGAAAGAGACAACAUUGCAAAGAUCCCGAAACUAAAGCUCACAAGAGUUUCUAUAAAUAGAACAAAGAUCUAAGUCUUCACUUCCCACGAAAAAGAUUCGAUCUACCCCUCUCCAUAUCACUUGUUAUACUAGGUACUCUCUACCUCAAUCUGAUCUAGGAAAUGUAACAUUUAUUAUAUAUCCUUACAUAUAUGAAGUGAAAGCUGAGUAUUCAGUCGAUGAUAGCAAAUAUAUAUUAAUGUAGAUACUAAUAUUUAUUUAAAUUUAAAUUUUGAUUACGACAUUAUUUUUAUGGUCAUCAGAAAUUUAGCAAGGGAUAUGCAAAGAGAAUUUUCUGUCAUUAUAGAUUAUUAUAGAUUAGUACAUAUAUAAACGAAACCUCUUAUAUUAGUAAUAAUAGAAAAGCAAUUGACAAUUAGAAAACUAUAAUGUUAAGUUGCCUAUUGUACACAUCAAGAUCAUAUAUAUAAUAUAAUAAAAUCUUCUUGAUUCCACUCCACUGAUACAAACCCCAAACUCUUUACAUAACCUAUAUUAAACAAGACCAGAAAAUGUCUUAAUUAUAGUACAAUAUAUAAACCGAACCCUAAAUAAAGGGGUCCUUCAUAAGUUAAAACAUAGAAGAAGAAACCUAAACCACAUUAAAAA